GGGAGGCGGAGAUAACGGACGGCAGCAGUCGCGACGCCAUUUGCGGCUGAGCUUCGGCGAAGGCGGUUCUCGGAAGGCGUCCGUCGCUAGACUCCCGCAGACGCGACCCGGUCUUUCGCAGCCGGUUCGUGUCACCCUAUCUCACGCGUCUCCCUUCGAAGGAGUCGCCGCCGCCACCCGGAGAGAAGUCGGAGACGCCGCAAGUGCGUCGUCAGCGCCAUGCCUAAGAAUAAAGGUAAAGGAGGUAAAAACAGACGCAGAGGCAAGAAUGAGAAUGAAUCUGAAAAGAGAGAGCUGGUGUUCAAAGAAGAUGGACAAGAGUAUGCCCAAGUAAUCAAAAUGUUGGGAAAUGGACGAUUGGAAGCGAUGUGCUUCGAUGGUGUUAAGAGAUUGUGUCACAUCAGAGGGAAGCUGAGAAAGAAGGUCUGGAUUAAUACCUCAGACAUUAUAUUGGUUGGUCUACGGGACUACCAGGAUAAUAAAGCUGAUGUGAUUCUAAAAUACAAUGCAGAUGAGGCUAGAAGUCUGAAGGCGUAUGGCGAGCUUCCAGAACAUGCUAAAAUCAAUGAAACUGAUACAUUCGGUCCUGGAGAUGAUGACGAAAUCCAGUUUGAUGACAUCGGAGAUGAUGAUGAAGACAUUGAUGAUAUCUAAAGCGGCGAACUCAGCCUUGCACAUUCCAGUUUUCUCUGAAGAUUGUUCAACAGUUUGGAUUUUGACUGUGACUUGUUAAAUAAAAGUUCAUGAGCAUUGCAAUUUGCUAGAGCAGACUGAUUUCUUUCUAAGGUAUUUCUUUAAAAACUGGUAAUGCUGAAUUCUAAGUGAAAUUUUAAGGCCACUUUGUUAUUUUGGUAUAAUGGAGCUUUCAAAAAGGAAAAAAAUGCAUUACUGCCUUUCCCACUUCAACCACGUCCGGUAAUAAGUAAAUGGAUGUUUCGAAUAAACCACUUGCCGUACACUCAUUAUAAACUAUAAUUAAGCCCUAGUUUUGACUUACCUGUUGACUGUACAGUGAAUUUUUAUAUAUUCCAGUUACCUAGUUCCCUUAAGAUUUUGGUACAAUUUAAGGGAAGCAGAAAUCUUCAUUUGAAGUCAAAAAUGAUUGUUCUGUUUUUCAUAUUUAAGUAGCAUUUGGCUAUUUUUAUACUAACUUUGGUAUCAUAUACUUUUUUUUCAUGAUCUUAUUUUGCCACUGUAAGCCUGUCAACAAAAAAGGCAUUUCCAAAGUGCAGUUUUUAGAACCUGGGUUUUAAUAGCAAUUUUGAAUUUGUAGAGUUAGUAGUUGCAGAAAUCAAACACUAGGUGGUACCCGGUUAUCUUAACAUUGGAGACAUUGAUAUAGUUAUCAACUUUCUUUUUCUUGUUCAUGGAUGAUUUCCCAAACAACAAAAGACUGUGAUCACAUGCUAUGUAGAAUAUUUUUGCAAAACAAAAAGAUAAUGUUCAAAAAGUCUUAUUUUCAGAAGUCAUAUAUGUGUAAGCUGGAAUUUUAAGCGCUUUAUAAACACUUAUAUGUAAAUGAAAAUUUAAUUUCAUAACUGCUUGUACAAAUUAAGCCUUUUGGAAAGUAUCUCUAAGCUGGGAAAAGAGGAAGGCCUAACAAUGAAAUGAAAAGAUGGUCUCCAGCUUCUGAAUGGAAGAGCUGCAUACAAGGGAGAAAUAUAAUAAAGUCAGUAUUGUGCUGUAGAGAAUAUUAAACCCUUACUUUGUGUUUAGGAUGUUAUUUUAUUAUGUGUACAGGUGUUUUUGCUUGUAUUUUAUUGACAAUUUAGAUUUACCCUGUGUUACUUAGUUUUCCAUUAUCACUUCUAGUAAGAUGAAAUUAAGGGCAGGACCUAGACCUCACUAGCUACAUAGAAAUCAUAUAAAGGAAGUCCUUUUAUACUACAAAAAAAAGUCCUUCUUGUAGGUUUCAACACUUGUAAGGAACCAGUUUUGAAAAAUUUGACUUCGUGAUCGUCAUCAUCAGUAAUCUAAACCUGCUAAGAUAUUUAGGCUUCUGUACAUAAAAGUGCUUUGCUAAAUUUGUGCCAUAUGUAGAUCUUUCCUUCACAUUAUUGUACCAAGAAUGUUUUGACCCUGCAUCUGUGCUACAGUCAUGGUAGGGGUGGUGCAACACCAACAUUGGUUUUUCUACUUAACUUCCUCUAACAAAUGGUCUGUCUAAAGAUUCUUUUCACAUUACAAACAUGACACUAAUUCUUGUGUUCGCAAGUGACUUUUUCUUGCCUAGGUAGUAACAGUCCCAUCUGGUGCUGUUGCACUCUAGAAGAUCUCAAAUCACGUUUAUUAAAAUAGUUGGGGUAAACUCAUAGUUGAUAUGCAACACUACUUGGAGGAAUUAUUUUACUUGAUUGUCUUUAAUGUAAAAAUUGGUUUCACUGAUUGGAUUAUAUUUCACAUGAUUUGGAAUGGAAGUGGUCGUUAAGAAAAAAAAUUUUUUGUUAUGCUGUUUGAUUCCUCUAACACAGUGCUAUAAGGUGUGCCCUGAAAGAAAAUAAAGUGUUUGAA